CUCUCGCCGGCGGGAGGAUAUAGCUGUGCUGUGCUUUGUCUCCUCCCUUUUCUGUCUGUGGCCGCCAUCGAGCAGCAGCCAGGAGCCGGCGGUCAGCAUGGCCUGUGCUCGUCCUUUGAUAUCGGUGUACUCCGAGAAGGGGGAAGCUUCUGGCAAAAAUGUGACUCUGCCUGCAGUGUUCAGGGCCCCUAUACGCCCCGAUAUAGUCAACUUUGUCCACACCAACCUGCGCAAGAACAACAGGCAGCCGUACUCCGUCAGCGAACUUGCAGGUCACCAGACCAGUGCCGAAUCAUGGGGAACAGGCAGGGCAGUUGCCCGUAUUCCCCGUGUCCGUGGGGGUGGAACGCACCGCUCCGGUCAGGGUGCAUUUGGAAACAUGUGCCGUGGAGGACGUAUGUUUGCCCCCACCAAGACCUGGAGGCGCUGGCAUCGUAGAGUCAAUUUAACUCAGAAGAGAUAUGCAGUUUGCUCUGCACUGGCUGCUUCAGCCCUUCCUGCCCUUGUCUUCUCCAAAGGUCACCGUAUUGAGGAGGUCCCAGAGGUCCCCCUGGUUGUUGAAGAUAAAGUUGAAAGCUACAAGAAAACAAAGGAGGCAGUGCUGCUCCUGAAGAAAUUGAAAGCCUGGAAUGACAUCAAAAAGGUUUAUGCUUCCCAGCGUCUGCGUGCUGGUAAGGGUAAAAUGAGAAACCGCCGCCGCAUCCAGCGUAGAGGACCUUGUGUUAUCUACAAUGAAGACAAUGGCAUUGUUAAAGCCUUCAGAAAUAUCCCAGGAAUCACGCUCCUCGGUGUAAAGAAACUGAACCUUUUGAGGUUGGCUCCAGGUGGUCACGUUGGGCGGUUCUGCAUUUGGACCGAAAGUGCCAUCCGCAAGCUGGAUGCCCUCUAUGGCACGUGGCGCAAACCAGCUACCCUGAAGGCAGAUUACAACCUUCCCAUGCACAAAAUGACAAAUACCGAUCUGGGCAGAAUCCUGAAGAGUCAAGAGAUACAGAAGGCUUUACGUGCUCCAAUUAAGAAGGUGAAGCGCAGAGAACUCAAGAAGAACCCACUGAAGAACUUGAGAAUUAUGUUGAGGCUCAAUCCAUACGCAAAGACGGCAAAACGCAAUGCUAUCCUGCGCCAGGCUGAGAACAUUAAGAAAAAACAAGAUAGGCGGGCUGCAGUGGCAGCAAAAACUGCAGCAGCCACCAAGCCUGAGGAAGCCAAAUCUGAAGCAUCUGCCACCAAGCCUGCAGAAGUCAAAACUAAAGCAGCUACCAAGCCAGCAGCUAAAGCAAAAACUAAAGCAGCAAAGAAAGCCUAACUUUGACUUGCUGAAGUUCAGCACUUCGGAUUCCUUCUCAAUAAAUGCUGUUUACUAUUGAA